AUGAUCUCAGCUUUCCCGCGGUCGGCUCUAUCAGUUCUCCCAGUUAACGCUCGUCAGUUCCCCUCUCUUGUCGUUACCCAUAUUUCCCUCGUCGUCACCAUGAAGUUUGGAACAAAAAUCAGCGAGGACAUGUACAGCGAAUGGCGUCCUUAUUACCUUGACUAUAACCACCUGAAGCGGGUACUCAAGACGUCAGAGCUGUCUCGCCGAAUUCGCGAAGCCGAGAAAGACGUGAAGCGGCUGGUUGCCGAAGAGCGAGAAGAACAGAGACGGCAACGCGCUGAUCCAGAGAGUCAGCAGGUCGACCAUGACGAGUAUGCCCAAGACGGAGGCUCAGAUGACGAUCUGUCCGACGAUGAAGGGAACGACUCGGAUGAAUCUUAUGACGCACUCGAAGACCGUUUCCAUCAUCUUGAAGAGGAAGUUGCAAUACUCGUUGCGGACGUACACGAUUUGGCCCUCUACACCAAGCUCAACAUCACUGGCUUCAUGAAGAUCCUCAAGAAGCAUGAUAAACAAACCAAAUGGCACCUCAAGACCGAGUUCAUCCAAGAGCAUUUGGAGAAAAAGCCAUUCUACAAGUACAAUUGGGAUGCUCUCAUUGUCAAACUCUCGAAGCUUUAUGACUUAGUGAGAACCCGUGGCAAUCCUGUCCAGGGUGAUUCCAGUGCCGGCGGUAGCCAAAGCGCAUUUGUUCGACAAACGACCAAGUACUGGGUUCACCCUGAUAAUCUUGUUCCCUUGAAACUUGCCAUCUUGAGACACUUGCCUGUUCUAGUAUUCAAUCCAGACAAGGAAUAUGAACCAAAGGACUCCGCUAUUACUUCAAUUUACUUCGACAACGAGGACCUCGAACUCUACCUUGGAAGGUUGGAGAAGACUGAAGGUGCUGAAGCCAUUCGACUAAGAUGGUACGGGGACGUGGAUAACAAACAGAUCUUUGUUGAGCGCAAGACCCAUCGAGAAGACUGGACCGGCGAAAAGUCUGUCAAGGCCCGUUUCCCUCUGAAGGAACACCUGGUCAACCCAUUCCUACGAGGAGAGUAUACGGUCGAUGAAGACUUCCAAGAGCUUGUCAAGAAGGGCAAGAAAACCCAGCAAGAGGUCGACUCCAUGAUUCAGCUUGCUAGCGAAGUUCAAUAUGCGGUAUUGACGAAGAAACUUGUACCAGUUAUGCGUUCCUUCUACAAUCGAACUGCUUUCCAACUUCCGGGAGAUGCGCGUGUUCGUAUCUCACUGGACACCGAGCUCACUUUGAUCCGAGAAGACAACUGGGAUGGUCGUGUUCGGGCUGGAGAUAACUGGCGUCGCACCGACAUUGGAAUCGACUUUCCCUUCGACCAAGUACUCCCGGAGGAUAAGGAAAUUUUCAAAUAUGGUGUCCUUGAAGUCAAGUUGCAGACGCAACUUGGCCAGCAACCUCCCGAUUGGAUCCAAGACCUCGUUCAGUCGCACUUGGUCGAAGCUGUUCCCAAGUUCAGUAAAUUCAUUCAUGGUUGCUCCACACUGCUUCCCAACCGAGUGGAUCUCGUGCCUUUCUGGCUCCCCCAAAUGGACACCGAUAUCUUGAAGCCUGACACCGGCUACUUGAGCGUUAUCGAACGACCCUCGAAUAUCGGCUCAUCUCGCGGCAGCGGUUCUCGACAUGGAUCGACGGGCUCCCACUCCCCGGAAGUGCAAUCCUAUACGGAGCCUUUGUCUGAGGGUGAGGAUGACGAAUACGACGGUUCCCUCGCACCUGCACGCGACGAAGGGCAACGAACCGGUCUGAGCGGUGCGGAGGUCAAGGCGGCCAUCGCAUAUCGAGAGGCAAUGCUCAAAGAGCGCCGGGAAGAGGAAGAAGCCAAGGGCGUGAGCAAGGAGGACAAGGGCAAGCAGUCUACAGUUCCCCAGUCACCAGCCCUGGCGGAUGACAGCGGAUCGGAGCAGGGCUCACAUAGACGUCCAAGACAUCGUCGUGAGCGAUCCACGUUGUCGAACAAAGUCAAGGAUAAAUCCUUUGCCAUCACACCACUUGCACCUUCGUCAGCCUUCGAUGAGACCUUGAAGGACAAGUUAGACAAGGCGUCCAAGGACAAAGCUACCUAUAAUGGUAAUGGGGAAGAAAGGCGGUUUGACGAGGUCGAAGAGGAGUCUGCUUUAGGAGGACCGUCGACACCAGUGGAUGACCGCAUUGUUGAGCGCAACUGGCGUGCUCCUUCUGGAAAGAAGAUCGCGGUGCCGGUUCGCAUAGAGCCCAAGGUUUAUUUCGCAGCGGAGCGAACCUUUUUGAAAUGGCUUAACAACGCGGUAUUCAUUGGCACCAUCGCAACAACGCUACUUAACUUUAUCCCAGCUUCGGACACUCGGGGUUUGAUCAGUGCCGCGUUCUUCACAUUCUGCGCGCUACUCGCUAUCGCCUAUUCCGCGGGUAUCUUCUUGUAUCGAUCCUACCGGCUGAGGGAGCGAAGUGCGUCAGGCCUCUACUAUGACAAGUAUGGUCCAACGGUGUUGUGUCUUGUCUUCUUUUUGGCGUUGGCAACCAACAUUGGUUUGCGUUGGUCUCAGAUGUAA